GUCGAUUGCAUACACUUAGUCAGGCAGACAGAGAAAUGCCCGCAUCACGGGUGGCAUGGCAUUGCAACUAUCAUAGCACGACCAGCAUGCAUCGCCUCAUGUCGUCAUCUUCAUGUCCUGCUGGUCAGCCCCGCCCUCUCCCUCCUGCUGCUGGCCAUCCAUCUCGUCUCGUGACCGCUUCGUCCCGCGACGAUCCUAAGCAGCAAUCCAACACACACAGAUAUAGCAGUGGCAACAACACGUCAUCAUCAGGCUAUGCCUGCCGCUUCUGGCGCACCUGUUCCUUGAGCCUGGCGUUUUCCUCACGCAGCCUCUCAUUCUCGGCCUCCAACCGCCGCCGAUCGGCCGCCUCCUGUGCCAUGAACACACGAACAGCCAGACGGACAAGGUGACACGAGGCGACGACAGCUGACUUGGGCUGACCUUGGUGGCGCUGUUGAUGAAGGCGUUGUACAGCUGCUUGAAGGAGUCGUCUGCUUCUGUGUCGAUCGCCUCCAUGAGUGCGCCCUUGAGUCCAUCCUCAAAGGCCGUCUGCACUGCUUGGGGGAGGGUGGGCAGGAUGGGAAGCAAGGCGGGCAGCACACUAAAACUCUUGCGGAUCGCGUCUGCCGUCAUUUUCGGUGCGAUGCGAUCAUACUCAGGGUCGCCCACGUCCUGGAUGGCCGAAGCGAACAAGAGAGUGAGGGGCACCCUGUACUGCGAUGCAUGUGCCAGGCAGGAAACCAGCUUGAGGGCGAUAUCACGAUGAAUCGACCUGCAGAUGUGCAACGUACACACACAGUAUGUCAGUGCCAUGUGUAAGUGGGUUCAGUCCGUUUUGUUUUGUCACACACCUGGCCAUCAGUGUCACGCCCUCCCAGUGCCCGUCGUUGGCACACAGUCUGAGGUAGUGCAGGGCCAGGGUGCGCAUGGGGAAGAAUCGCACCGUCAGCUUCAUCUGGACCUCCUCCAGCCUGGCCUCCCCUUUCCCCUGUCGCAGCAACGCCUCAGCCGAGAUGUUGGCCUCCCAAAAACACGAAAACGCCUUUGCCCCCAACACACUGAUACCGAAGCGAUCCACAGAAGGACCCUUCUUGCCCAUCUCGAUCCCCGUGUCCGCGUUGAUGACCGGAGAAUCAUGCAGCCGAAUCGACAAGGAGGGCUGGGAGUCGCCAUAGGCCGCCUGCGUCGCUGUCGUGCCCUCGGCAGCACCACAGGGGACCUCCAAUGAGACACUGGCGCCGAAACACGACACUGAUUCAAGCGAAUCGCCGCGCAGAAGGGGUGAGACACAGACGUACCAGCCACGAACGUCGCACAUCUUCCCAUCACCAUCGCGCAGGGCAUCGGCUGGAGGGUCACUGGGGAAGGGAGGGCCGAACUGGCGGAGCCCGGCUACCUCAACGCCGAUGGUGCCGAACUCGAUGUCACCCCUCUUUUCGUCGUCGAAGGGCUGUGUCGUAGACGAAGCGGAUGAUGCGAAGAUGUCCUGCUCGAAUAUCGCACCUGCAAACAAGACGAGAGGCGGUGCCAGGUGAAUGCCUCUCCUGACUGCCAUCCCCGUUGGUGUCCGUCUCACCAUGUGCAUAAGCAAGCGACGACCUUCCCGUCGCCUUCGUGAUGAAGGUGCCCAACUCGUGGCAGGGCAUGUCAAUGCGCCCAUACGAGAGCUCAUCGCCGAGGGUGCCCACCAGGCUCACGGCCGCCUUAAUGACGUCAUCCUCUGCCUCCCCUCUCUCGCACCGACGCCACUGCGCCCGGAUAAUGUCGGGCCUCUUGCGCAGAGCUGGCAGUAGGCCGGCGCGAAUGUCCUUGUGGCGGUGAAUGAAGCGAGCGAUGAAUGCGUAGCGGCCGAAGCUGUCCAGCAGGCUGUUGGCCAGCUGCUCAUCUCGCAGCCAGCCCCCAUGAACCACCUGAAACAAAGCAGAGGCGCUUCAGGAGGCAAAGAAGAAACGGCCCCCUCGUCCCGCCCACUCACAUGUCGAUGGAUGCGCCAGAGCAGACUUUGUUUGCUGCUCGGUGUGAAGAUCGUGUCGGUGUCGAAUUGCAGGUAGUCGAGGGCCACCAUCGCGUCAAGCAAGUUGUCCUUGGUCAGCGAAUCUACGAUGUCCAGCUCAUGCUGCAGCACCACCACACCGACGGCCCGGCUGAUGCGCUCGACGCGAACCUCACGCUGCUGUGCUUCCCGGAACUCGCCAUCCAACCAACACCUGUAGUAAGUAACAGGCAUGACAGAAGCAAAACAACGGCCAAUGAAUCAUCUGUCAUUCUUUGUGUGCAAGAACUGUCGAGCAAUGCCCUCCUUGACGGCGAGAGGCUCAUCUGCUUCACCAUCGUCGGUGAAACAAACCCUGAUGGUUCGCUCCAUGGACGUGUCCAUUGCGAUGAAUCAAGUGAGCCGAGUGAAGAAGAAGUGGCG